ACUGAGCUCCAACCAUUCAGCACCGCCUGGAUGUUUGCUAACAAAAUCAGUCAAAUCGUAAAUAUCAUCGUGGACUCGCCAUAGGCCUUCUGCAUUAUCAGUUUCGGCUUUAUCUUCCAGCCACAUUUCUACAGUUUGAUUUUGUUGUCGUCUUCGGGGUGGUUUUAUGCCGAGACUCGACGGGGGAAUUAUUGAAGAGUUUGGAGACAUUUAGAUGCCUGAAAUUUUAAACUUCUUCCUAUACCUUUUUGAAAUAAGAUUGUGUGCACUUCAAAAACUAAAGAACACAACUGAAAUUUGCAAAAGAAAGACAAAUCGAAAGUCAGUAAAUUAUUAUUGUUAUAAAAGAUAACUUUUGACCUCAUGUUUUCUAUAAAAUUUUACGUUUAACAUAACACCCAAUAUUUGUUUGGUUAACAAUGUGCGAUAAAGCCCCUUGAUAUUAAAGUAUCAACAGCCAAUGAUUAUUUUUAUUAUAUUUCAAGUAUUGCAGAUAACAAUAAUAAAUAUUUUUGCAUAAACGAAAAAGAUCCAAAAUCAACCAGAAUUCUUUUACUUUUUCAAUACUUCCUCUACAUGUGAGAAAACUCUUGUCUUAUCUAUUCCAGGUUUUUGGUUUUUUCCUUUGUUCCAAUGUGAUUUUUCUAAAAAAUUCUUGUUUAAAGGAGCGAUAAAAUUCUAGUUUAUUCCAGUUCCCAAGCUCUUAUAAACUAUAGAGUCGGUUCCCAUUAAGAACCAAUAAUUUUGAAUGUUAAAGAGUGAAAACUGGAAAAACUGAGCGAAAUACAAAGAGUUAUAAAGGAGAAACUGGAGAAAACAAAUGGGAAAAAACAGCACAACGACCUAGAAUAAAAACUGAACGACAAAAGCAAGAAAUUGGAAAUAUUAAUAUAAACUGGAAAAAAGAGCGGAAUAAGAACGAAAAACGAAAUGGGUGGGUAUAGAUAAGCCACCGAAAAAAAACUAAGAAAAAGCACAACAACCAAGAAAAAAACUUUCAAGCUGAGAAAACGAUGGGAGCAAACUACAAAAAGUUCGAGGAAAAAUUGAGCAAAGUAAAAAAAGCCAAUAAAGGGCAAUAGGUACUGAAGGAAGCAGCAAAGAACGAUAAAAGGAAACUGGGAGACAAAAGCAAAAAAGAGAUAGAAUAAAAAUAGAAUUAUUUAUUGAAAUACACAGAAUAAAGAUAGAGCGUAGAAAGAACGAAAAACAAAACAUUUUGUAUAUUUUCUUCCUUAUUAUUAUCUUUCUUUGUAUACGGGGGCUGAUCUAUUUUCUACCCCUUGGUUCUAAGCUAUAUAUUUUAUUGUUUUUAUCUUUUUCAAUUCGAUUUUCCUUUUCUACUAUAUCUAAUUGAAAAUUGAAAUUCUUAAGAAUAAUUCAAUAUCCAGACACUUUCUGGAUAUCCAUAAUUAUACAGGGAAAAAUGGAAAAAAUGAUCUAGCUCAGGCGGAUAAAACUGAGUGGAAUAGAAAGAGCCACAAAACAAAACUGAGGAAAGCAAUAGAGGACAAAAGCAGCACAAAGAACUAGGAAAAGAACUUAGAGGCAAACUCGGAGGCAAAUAAAAAAAAAAAAAAUGGAAUAACAUUGAAAUAAACUAGGAAAAAGAGCGUAGUAAAAACGAAAAACCCAGCUGAUUUAGUAGAUAUAGAUUAUCCACAGGAGAAAAUAAAGAAAAAUGCACAAUAACCAAGAAACAAAGCUAUAGAGAAAACUGGCGAAAGAAAACUUUCAAGCUGAAAAUACGGGUGGGAACAAACCAAAAAAAGUUCGGGGAAAAACAGAAUUAAUACAUAAACCAAUUAUAUCUAGCCUAUCAUGGGUAUUUAUUAUUCUUAUUACAGGAGAAAAAAAAGCUUCAAAAGUUUGGUUUUGUAAGUAAAACAAAUUAAUGAAAAUUUGUAUUUUUAAAAUUAAGCGCCUUUUCUUCCUUAAUAAACUCUUCUUUUUUUUGCUGGCAUUUACAACUACUAUUAUUAUUAACAAUUUGGCAACACUGCCUUAUUGCUGUCACCUUAUUGUUGAAGGGGAAAAUUCUAUUCCGAAAAAUUCUCAGUUCGUUUUUCGGACUGCUGCAAGUUGUUUGUUGGGCUUUUCUUCGACUUCUAAUCAAAAAUCAGUAUUAAUUAAUUAAUUGGAAAAUGGCCAAUCUACGACAGACGCCGUUAACUUGCAGCGGUCACACACGUCCAGUGGUCCACCUCGAUUUUUCCGACGUCACCGAAAACAGUUACUUUAUGGUUUCUGCUUGCAAAGAUGGUAAACCAAUGCUUCGUCAAGGCGACACUGGCGACUGGAUCGGCACUUUCGAAGGCCACAAAGGAGCAGUUUGGGGCGUAGCCCUAAAUGCCCAAGCCAAUAGAGCGGCUAGUGGAGCAGCCGAUUUCACUGGAAAAGUUUGGGAUGCCAUCUCGGGCGAGGAAUUGCAAUCUUUCCAACACAAUCACAUCGUCAAAAGCGUAAAUUUUUCAAAAGAUUCUACCCUACUAACAACUGGCAGCAAUGAGAAGUUGAUUAGGAUUUUUGAUCUUAAUAAGCCAGAAGCUGCUCCUGAAGUAUUUUCUGGCCACACAGCUGGAAUAAGGCAUGUAAUGUUCUUCAGGAAUGAUUCCUAUUUAGUUUCAUGCGCAGAUGAUAAAACUUUAAGAGUGUGGGACAAGGCAACAAAGCAAGAAGUUCAAAAAGUAACUUUCCCCUUCAACCCCAACAGCUUGGAAGUUUCAAGAGAUGGCUCGGUGCUUACAGUAGCUUAUUCCAAUAAAGUAGCCUUUUUCGACUCGGAAACUUUAAGCAAAAUCAGAGAAUACACUGUUCCAUCUCCAGUCAAUUCGGCCUCGUUGCAUCCAGACAAAAGCAUUUUUGUUGCAAGUGGUGACGACUUGAAAGUUUACAAAUACGAUUAUCAAACUGGGAACGAAAUUGAGUCUUUUAAAGGGCAUUUUGGCCCAGUGCACUGUAUCAAGUUUUCACCUGACGGUGAAUUGUAUGCUUCAGGGUCAGAAGAUGGUACUUUGAGGCUGUGGCAGACAACUGUAGGCAAAACUUAUGGUUUGUGGAAGUGUGUUGAAGGUGCUAACCUUAAUGAUAGUUUAACUCCAAAAGAAGUACAAGCCAAUUGAGUGAUUACAUAAUAUAUUAUUUAUUUUUUUAAUUUUUAAUUGAAGUUGGGUAGUUUUUUUCAUGAUAUAAUGGAAAAUAGACUGAAAAAGCUUCAUUGAAAUAAAUAGUCGUUUGUAAACAGAUUAUAUUUGAUAUUACAAGAUUACAUUGAUUUUAAAAUCUACCAAAAUACAUCAAAAAUAAACUUGUUUUGUGUGUAGAUCCCUGUAAAAAUUUCAAAACAAAAGGUGAGUUUGUAGCUUGGUAAGUGCAAAAAGGUAAGUAAAACAGAAGCCUUAUUAAUUAAAAUAUUUACAUGUAUAGUAUUGCUAUAAAAAAAUAUUAUAUACAUACAUUUAGGGGGGCAAUAAUAAACUGCCCUACAACUAAUGCUACGUGUUUAACACAGAAUUUUGGUAAUAAUAGAAAAAAAAACUUAAGUAAAUAUUAUGCCACUUAUGAGAUAUUUAUAAUGCAACACCAAUAAAAAAGGCCUGUAAACAUUAUACAGAUUGAGACAACUUCAAUUAGUGACCUUAUAAUUCAUGGGACGGCAUGCAAUAACUGCCUCUAUUCAAACAAUAAAACAACCACUCUCUAAUCUACUACAACACGACUGAUUAAAUAAAACAGUUUCCUCUAAACAACUUGGACAAUAAUUACAACAAACAAAAAAAAUACACAAGUCAAUUCAAUUCAGUCUUUGCCUUUGACGUAGACGUAAAGGCUCCGCAAAACGAGGUAAUAAGUGUAGAGCGAGAGCAGUACGAACAGAGGGAAAACGCCCAUGGAAAAGAUCUCGAUCAGAACGGUUUUGAGCCGGGAUCGAGGUCAGGAAAUUGUGCACGAGUUGCGCGGCACGCAGCUGCUCCUUGUGUCCAGACCGGCCGGUGUUGUCGGGAUACUUGUGAACCUAGAAAACGAAUCACUCUGUUCCGAGAUUUUUAUUUUUUUUAAUAUGAAGAUUUUUUACCUGAGUUUUCUGCCUCCAUGUUUCUUGUGACUGGUAGCGUACCGAAACUGCUGGGUACUGGUGGAAGUCAAAGCGUAAGACUUCAAAUGCGACUUGACACAAGUGGGUAAAGGUAACUGUUCAAUGCUGUAGACAGUGGUUCUGGCCACUAUUGCUCUACAGCAAAGUUCUUGUAGACUCAGAACUUUAUUCGACCUGUUGGAACAAAAUAAAAAAAGUAUAUGAAUAUAAUGAAAUUGUUGUAAUUACCUCCAGAGUCGUUCCAUUCCGUUCCGCUGCAAAGCCAUCCUGGACAAUUCGCAAAAGCUUUCGUGUAUGUUGAAAUUGCAAAGAGGUGACACUUCAAAAAAUGCCAUGCUGUGCUUGUUGGCAUACAACUGUGCGUCCCUUUGACCCACUUUGCGUUUGAAUGCCAAAUGCAAUCGGUUGCCUACUAGGACUUUGGGUACUCCUGGUGCGUGGCUGUCAACUUCUUUUAACCAGCGGUCCAGACCGUCGAAGGAC